CCAUCCAGCAGUAACAACACUCCAACAAUGUGAGUGAAUUCUCAGGUGAUUGUCAUUAUUUGAAGAGGCACCUCGGUUGCAAAUUCCUACAACCUUAUUUAUUGCUUAGCAAACAUCAGUGGUAUCUCGCUGGCAAUAUUAGAUUAUUCCCUGAAGUUGCCUUACCUCACCUACCUGAGCUACGUCAACACCCUUAACGAGACAACCUAACGUCUAUCCAAGAAAACGAUAUCAGCCACAGUGGAGGGAGACUUCUUGCACCUGAAAGUAAUUACAAACUUGCCCUCCCAAACCGCUUGCUAGCAUCUAUCUACCUUGGUCCAUCUCGUCGUUAGACACACAAACUCUGUACUUUCUGCUAUCUAAAGCGUCUCACACUCAUCCAAAAAUGAAGCGCUCAUGCGAGCCUGAGGAAGAAGAGCUGCCUGUUGGAGUUCUGCAUCUGGCUGCAGCACCGCUGCCAACAGAAAACGACUCCAACGGCAUCGUUAGGAAUACAGCAACUCCCAAAACUGCCACCACCGCUAGGAAUAUCGCUAGCAGCAAUAGAACAACAGCCUUGCCGCUAAACCCCUUCACAAACAAUAACACUUUUGAGGCACAAAAGGCCCUCAAAAAAGGAGAAGAUAAAGAAGUUUCACCACUAUCACAGCCACCCAUGAAAAUUAAAGAAUUGGACCCUGAAAGUAUAACCACAGACAUCGGCGUCGAGAUGCGGUGCUCGCUGCCCCCGCACAAGGAGCCCCGUACGUUUGCGUCAUACGAGGAGUAUGAAACGCAUUACAGAAGCGAGCACACGAACCGGUGCCUAGAAUGCCGCAAGAACUUUCCAUCGGGCCACCUACUCGGUGUUCACAUUGAGGACCUCCACGACUCGUUCAUCGCAGUCAAGAGAGAGAGGGGGGAUCACACGUACUCCUGCCUUGUGGAGGGCUGUGAGAGGAAGUGUAUGACGCCGCAGAAGCGCAGGAUGCACCUGAUCGACAAGCACAUGUACCCCAAGAACUACUUUUUUGGAAUGAUCAGGGACGGCAUCGACGGCCGUCAGUCGCUGUUGUUGGAUGGUGGCCGCCGUCGACGGAGCAUCGCACCGGUGGUGGCGGCGGCGAGCGCGGGAGGCAAGCAUGCGGCGUCUUCUUUUUCACAAUCACAUAGGCCUGCGAGCAAUGACGUUGCUGCUCCUGCCCCUACGGCAAAUGACGACAAAAUGGAGGAUGGAAACGAGACUGGCCCGGCAAAUGAUAAGGAGGUGAGGGGGACAGUAAAAAUCGAUAGCAGCGGCAAGACUGAGCAGCCAGCUUCCGAUGUGGAAAUGGAUGACCUGGCGGGCGCUAUGGGCUCCCUCCGGUUUAUCCCGUCCAGCAUCCGAUUUGGCCGUGGCGGAGGAAAAGCCGGCUUUGCCAAACGAUAGAUAACUCAUACUUUGUCUGGGCUGAAAUAUUCCCAGCAUCUGAAAGAGAGGGUAUGUCCAUAUGUAUCAUAGCCAUCGAGAAAGCCGGCAGAGGCAUUAAUAAAGCCGGCCAAGGCAUCGAGAUGGCCGUAACAGG